AUGCUGUCUCACAACGUUUGUGUUGUUUUUCUGGGAUUAUCGCUUUGUUUGCGAUUUUUGCCAGUAGUUGAAGGAUUCCCGUCUUGUUUUCCCAACCCCUGCAAAAAUGGCCGGCCUUGCAGAACAAGCUCAGACGGGAAUAGUUAUUGCGAAUGCGGAGACAGUUAUAUGGGCGAGUACUGUCAGGAUGACAACCCUUGUAGAAACGAUUUUUGCAUGAACGAAGCCAAAUGUGAGGUUCGAGUGCACGACAACGGGGAAGCCAAGGCGGUCUGCCACUGUCCUGUUGGUUUCAAAGGAAUUAUCUGUGAUAUCGUGGACGAGAGCAGCGCCUGUUAUCGGAACCCAUGUCUCAACGGUGGGAAGUGUCUCAUUGGGAAGACAUUGAACGACUUCUCCUGUCGCUGUCUCGUUGGAUACAGGGGCCUGGUCUGCGACCAAGAGGACCACUGCGCCUCUAUGCCAUGUAGGAACGGUGGCAGUUGUACCGCCACUGCUAGCGGCUUCGAGUGCGCAUGUCUGGCGGGCUACAGAGGCGUCACCUGCAUGGAGGACGUGGAUGAGUGCGGGGAAUACAAUGGUACUUGUUUGAAUGGGGGCACCUGCAAGAACAGAUACGGCAGCUACCAGUGCUUAUGUACCCAGGAGUUUACCGGGGCCCACUGUGGGGACGUCUACGUGCCCUGUCAGCCAUCACUGUGCCAGAAUGGAGGCACUUGCAGCAGGACUGGACCAUACAGCUAUCAGUGUACCUGUCUGUCAGGAUUCAGGGGCAGAAACUGCGAGGUAAACAUCGACGAUUGCGUCAACAACAGAUGCCAUAACGGAUCCACGUGUCUGGACAAAGUGAACGAUUAUGUCUGUCUGUGCCCGCAGUCCUACACAGGUAAAUAUUGCCACGAAGACAUCGAUGAGUGCUCCCGGACCCCCAACCUUUGCCUCAAUGGAGGAACUUGCAUCAACAACGUGGGCUCCUACAUCUGCGUCUGUGUCAACGGCUGGGCGGGGAAACACUGUGCCCUGAACGAAGAUGACUGCCAGAACAUGCCAUGCUACAAUGGAGGCACCUGCCAUGACAGAGUUGGCUACUUUGAGUGCGAGUGUCCCGUUGGGAAAACAGGACUGAGGUGCCACCUGAACGAUGCUUGUCAGAGCAACCCCUGUUUUGCCGGAGCUAGCUGCGAGACAUCACCCAUUGACGGGGAACCGGUGUGUAUGUGCAAGAAGGGCUGGAGAGGGCAGGAUUGUUCUCUGGAUAUUGACGAGUGUGUGGAAACCGAGGACAGCCCUUGCGAGCACGGAGGGACCUGUAUCAACACCAACGGUUCCUUUCACUGUCAGUGUCCUGGAGGAUUUGCCGGCAGCUUCUGUGAGAGGAACAUCAACGAGUGCAACAGUAACCCUUGUCUCAACGAUGGGACUUGCCUGGAUGAGACAGGGAAGUAUAGUUGUCUCUGUAUGCCAG